AUGGAAUUGACAGAAAAGGGACUCCCAACGUAUCACGAUCCAAGAGAUGGAGAGAUUUCAAGAAAGCAGUGGAAAAUCCCAUUGACCAUUGUUGGUAUAAUUAGUGCCUUGCUUUAUUUUUCAAAUAUAGGGCAUGUAUUAAGCUUAUUGAAACCACCAUCUCCGAACGAUCCUCACAAUCCUGAUUCUUUAUGCCCAAUAGUAGAUAAGGUUGAUCCAUUGAAGUAUUUGUACAACAAUGAUACUUUGCUAAAAAUAUUGCAUGAUGAUAGCUUUAAAAAUGAAUCUCUAAAAAAGCUAGCCGACUCAAUCAAGAUAUCCACAGAAGUCUAUGACGAUAUGAUCAAUCCCAAUUCUGCCGAAACAUAUGAAAAAUUAUAUGAAUUGGAGCCUAAAUGGAAGAAGUUUGAAGAAUUUCAUACUUUUUUGAAGAAGACGUUUCCUGAAGUUCACCAGAACUUGAAGGUUGAGACUAUCAAUAAAUUCAGUCUUGUUUACACAUGGAAGGGUUCAUCAGAUAAAAAACCAAUAAUGCUCGCAGCUCAUAUGGACGUUGUUCCAGUAGACCCCAAAACUAUGAAUCAAUGGACCUACCCACCAUUCGAUGGUAUUGACGAUGGGGAGUUUUUGUACGGUCGGGGUGUAUCUGAUUGUAAGAACUUAUUAAUAGGUUUAUUAGAGACAGCCGAGUUGCUCCUUAGUGAAGGAAAGUUCUCACCAGAAAGAACUAUAAUACUAGCAUUUGGUUAUGACGAAGAGUCUUCUGGAUCAGGAGCUUACGAGAUUUACAAACACAUUGAAAAGAGAUACGGUCAUGAUUCGUUAUAUGCUAUUAUAGACGAGGGAACUCAAGGAUAUGAAACUAUAGAGGGAAGAAAGUUCAUAUUACCUGCAACCGGAGAAAAGGGUUAUUUAGAUUCUGUUAUUGACCUAUUCACUCCUGGCGGACAUUCAUCAGUCCCGCCUCAACAUACGCUGAUUGGAAUUUUAGCCAAGUUAAUCUCUGAAAUUGAAGAUGAACAAUUCAAGAGUAUUAUAACUAAUGCAAACCCGGUCUUGAACCAAUUACAGUGUAUUGCAGAGCAUUCUUCAACAGUUGAUAGAACCUUAAGAAAAAACAUAUUAAAAUCUCAUUUCGAUGUAGAUGCAAAUAAGGAAGUAUUAAAGUACUUGUCGAAAUACCCAGAGACUAAAUUUUUAGUUACCACAUCUCAGGCAGUAGAUAUGGUUCAGGGAGGAACCAAAUCAAAUGCCCUACCAGAAUAUGCAUCGGUUUUAGUUAAUCAUCGUAUUGCAGUUGAGGAAUCUGUUGAAAUGGUCACUGAUAAGGUUUUGGGUCAAGUCAAGAAUGUUGCAGAAAGAUUUGACUUAGGUAUAGUUUUUAACGGUGAAGAGAUUAGGAAGCGUACUCCUAAUGGCUAUUUUAAUUAUUCUUUAGUUGGUCUGCUUGAGCCUGCACCAAUCACACCUAUAAAUGACAAAAUUUGGAACACAUUUGGAGGAUCUUUGAGAUACUUGUACGAAGAGCUAGUAUCUCUGGAAGCAAGUGAAACAUUCAUAGUAUCACCUUUCAUUAGUACUGGUAACACUGAUACGAAAUCCUAUUGGGAUUUAACUAGGAAUAUUUUUAGAUAUACACCUGGAAUUUCGACAUCGGAUAAUAUUCAUUCGAUAGAUGAAAAGUUAUUAAUUGAUAGCCACUUUCAACUAAUUGCCUUUUAUUAUUAUUAUUUGCAAGUUGUUGAUAAGUUGGACGAUGAAUUACUUUAA